AUGCGACUCGCAUCAUCUAUCCUCCUGAUUUCCACAGCGGUUGUGACGUGCAGCGUAAUUUCUGCGAUUGCACUUCGUUCUGAGGCUGAGAACGGCGGCGAGAAGCCUGUCAAGCGGUUUCCGAAAACGAGCGACACCACGGACAACGAAGAUAGGAUGAUUAGCAUGCCUAACCUUGCGGCAACACGGGCGGGUGAAUUCUUGGCACCGAAAGGGGAGGUGAUGCUUGGUUACACCGGACCCGAUUAUCGUCCAGCUCUUGUCAAAUCUCUCAAGCAGUUCGAAGACGGAGCGGAUGUUCGAGUUUCCGAGAUUCUCGCGUACCAACAUCCCAAGAUCUCCGGCGCAGAUGUUCAAGCUUCCGAGAUUCAUGCCAACCAAGACCCCAAGAUCUCCGGCAGACCCGUGAUGGAAGAAGGUGGUGCGGCGCGGAACGGAGCCAGUAUUGAGCCUACCGGACAAGAACUAGAUACUCGGAAGAAGCUGGAGGUCAGAAGAAAUUGA